CAGUCACCCGCGCGGAGGGGCCUCGGGGGGGCCUCGGGGACGCGCCGGCGGCGGGGCGGGGCGCGGGACGGGGCGGGGCGGGGGCCGCGUUUCCAUGGCAGCGCCGCAGGCUUGCGCAGCCGAGCGCCGAGCCGCGGCAGGCCGGCGACACGAUCCCGGGGCGCUGGGGCGGCCGCGUCCCCGCCCCGCCCCGACCGCGGUUUCGCCCUCCCGCGGGCGGCUUCGGCCGCGCUGCAGCUUCUGCUCCCCGCGUCCGCACUCCCAGUAACCCGCAGGCCUCGAAACACGAUGGUGGGGGAGGGGCCGACGGGCGGGGGUGUCGGGGCUCGGGGGACGGGCACUGGCGUCGCGGGCCGUGAUGAAUCACCGAGUCCGCUUCCGCAGAAAGUAGCAGAGGAACAAUCACGUUCGUCCCUUCGGGCUCUCGAAAUUACGUCCUGGGCCCCCGUCCCCCGCUGCCCCCGAGGGCGCCGCGCCCUCCCGGCUCGCCAGUAGCGCCCUCCCGGGGCCUCCGCGCUGCCCUCGCCGGCUGAUGCGCCGACGCGGAAGACGGUCGGGAAGCGGGUCCACGGGCGCUGCCCCUCCGGCCCCGCCCCCGCCCCGCCCCGCCCCUGGCCGCGCCCCCGCGCCCCCCGCGCCCCCGCAACCCCGGAGCCGCCGCGCCGCGGAGUCCGAGCGCCGGGCGCAGAGCGCGGAGUCCGCGGGCAGAGCGAACAAAGCGGCGGCGGCGAGGGCGGCCCAGGCCCCGGACGCGCCGAGCGAGCGACCCAGCGGCCCUUUGUCUCGGGCGGGGCAGGAGCGGCGGCGGCCGCGGGGCGCCCGGAGCGCAUCAUGCGGCGCCCGGGGGGGCGGGUGGCGGGGCGCUGCGGCGGAGGGCGGCGUGGAGCCCGGCCCGGGGCCCGGGGGCGCCCGCGCGUGUGAGGGGGUCCCGCGUGCCGCGCGGCGCCCACCCCGCGGCCGCACGUGGGCGGGAGCGGCGGCCCGCGAGGAGCCGGAGCCGGAGGAAGAGGAGGGGACGCGCGGCGGCGCAGCGGGGACCCCGGGCCGCCCGCGCGAAGCCCCGCCCCGGCCACCGAGCCCCGCGCGCGCGGGCGGGAUGCCCCGCGGCCGCCGCACUUCGGCCCGAGCGCUGCCCUGA